AACCUACGAGCCGAGUCUGCUGUGCUGGUGAUGUAGGCGACUUGGCUGCUCUCAUCUGAUCCGGAUCCGAGGCAGAGAACCCCAGGCACCCGUGUCCAAUUUGAGCCCUGAUUCGUCGGUAGCACCUAGCUGAACUCAGCUUUUACGACAACAUAUCCGGCCAGAUUUGGUAAGCUUAGAUUAAGGGAUUGGAGAGCGGCAUCGACGCUGAUCAGAGCUGCCUCGUUUCCCACCCGAGGUUGAAUGCGCCUCAGCGUGGACAGCCAAGACCAAUCCUAUCCAGAGACAGACCAUAGACCAGGUCAAACGCAGCAGCCGUCUCAUGGACGGUGUUUCCGCGCGUAUUCGCAAGGCCAGGCACGACCCAGUCUGCGGAUCUUGACGUGGCCUCCCCUCAGCAGCUCUGCAAGUAGCCGAGUUCAACUCCGUCCAGGUCGGCAAGCGACACAUCCGCUGAGUAUUGGCCAACGACACACCGCGUGGGGGAGAUGGAGCUGUUAUCUCCGCCUUCGCCGAGACGGCGAAAUGGAGCGGAGAGAGGCAUUCCGCUUCUGGCAUGAAGACCGUGGUGACGCGAGACACGACGCCUGCCGUCACGAGAAUUCUGCGAACCCGGAAAUGCAGGCAGCCAGGCAGCUAGGCAUCGUGGCCGCCACCUCGCACUGCAAAGGCCCAAGGCACAUCAGCAGGCUCGGGCAAUCGCCUCACUUUCCUCCCUCCGGGCAAGCCCUUCCUCUCAUACCUGUCGAAGCACACCGUCAUUUCUUCAGUCUGCUAAAGCUUUGGCACGGAUCGACAGGUCCCCCCCUUCCUCGUUCCUCCCCCAACUAAAUAGGUGCUUGUUGCAGGAGGGGAAAAAAUCCAAAGACGGCAGGGACGAUUGGCACAAGCUGCCGAUGAUCCCGUCUCCUGUUCAGACGCCUCGGAGGAUAACCUCGAGGAUGGGAUUUACUGGGCCAGAGGCGAAGAGCCCGAGGCCUUCUGCUUGAUGGAAGCAUUGCCAACCUGUCGGCAGUGUU